AAAUCAAUCCAUCAUCUUUCAACACCCGAGGAAAGGAACCCGGCUAACGCUCCGAAGUGAUGGCGCAAGUGAUGCAGUAUCAGCAGAUGUGCGUACCAACGAUGUCGCCGAUGCCGGGGAUGACGGCGAUGUCCGGUCUCUCAAUGCCCUCGAUGCACCAGCAUCACGCGAUGGAUUACGGGAGCGGAGUUGCUGCAGCGGCCGCACAUUAUCAUCAUGCGUACAACGGCCAGCCGUCGAUCGGCGGCCAUCAUCCUCAUCACUCUCAUCACGCUCACAUCCCUCAUCACCCUCACCCACAUCACCAUCACCAGCAUCUCCAAAGUCCAGUACAAUCGUCGCCGUCCUCAUCGAGUUAUUGGUUCUCGGGGUCGGUCGCUAAUUCCAGCCAAAUCGGAGAGCCUUUGACGCCUUCUUACUCCAUGAGCCCAAGCUCGACCGCAAGCUCGUGGACCGCACAGACUAAUCACUCGACGCAACAUCAGCCACACCUGACGCCCCUUCAGCACUAUUCCCUGCCACCGAGUCCACCGGAACUGCCCGUCAGCCCUCAUCAAGGUCACACCAGCCCUUAUCAAUGGCCCUUGACGCCACCCUCCGACCAUCUCAUCGCUGCUGCGGCGGCUGCUGCCGCCGCCGCAGCAGCGGACGACACCAAACCCGGACGCAAGUGCACCAGAUGUAGGUGUCCCAAUUGUCAAAUUGACGGCGGCAAUCAACUCGGCAGCGAUGGCAAACGUCAACAUAUCUGCCACGUACCCGGCUGUGGUAAAGUCUACGGUAAGACUUCCCAUCUCAAAGCUCACCUACGAUGGCACACGGGCGAAAGACCCUUUGUCUGCAACUGGUUACUCUGCGGCAAACGCUUCACUCGGAGCGACGAGCUACAACGUCAUCUGCGAAUUCACACGGGCGAAAAGAGGUUCGCGUGUCCGUCCUGCGGCAAGAGAUUCAUGAGGAGCGAUCAUCUCACGAAACACGUCAAGACUCACGAGAAUCAAAAAUGCAAAGGCACGAAGAAGGAAGCCAACAAGGAAAACGUUCCUUCGAGACAUCGACAGGAAUCCCAAGUCUUAUCAUCCCCCGGCCAAAAUCCUUACGCUCCUAUCGGCGUGCCUUAUUCCGUAGUUUAAAUAAAGGGAACAAACUGAUCAACAGAAUCUUUAGGGUUUUCAUAAAGUCCUGAUAACCAAGGAAAUUCGAUGAAACAUCGAGUCCUUCCCGGGGAGAUAAAUGCCAAGAAUAUAAAAUCUUUGAUAGAUUUUCGGUGCAUCGUUCAAACUUUUCUGUCGACACGGAUUCGAGACGAGUUUCGCCAUGGCGAUACUUUGAAUUUUCCUCCAUCCGGACCAAUUUUAUUAAGGUUACAACAGCAGCAUCCGCAGCGUUCGAGGGAGGACGAACCAGAGGGAAAAUCGUUGCAAGAAUAUAUGAAAAAUUCUGUCGUGUCGGUGGGCACACGAAGGUGCAAAAUUAAUAAAUUGAAAUUCUGGAAAUAUUGAGUAUUCCUAGAAAUAAAUUGGGAGCACUGUAAAUAGAAAAAAAAAAAAUCAAUAAGCGAAAGAAAUUCUGCCCGAUCCGAUAAAAGUUCCUACAUAUUGCAAAUAAAUUCUGUAGAAUUGUAAAUACGAAGCCUGUAUAUAUUUUUGUACAAAAUGAAUUUUUUAUCGUUGAGACGUGUAAUUAAGUUAAUAAAUUCGA